CUACUUCUCCAAAAUUUCAAGCACCCCUCUCUCUCUCACCGUACUCCCAUCUUCCUCUUCUCUCUGCCACCGCCUUACUCCCUUCAACACCGGCGGCUACUGUCGCCGCCAGCCUCCACCGCCACGGUAUCCCCUCUGUAUGCCUCGCAUCUGCCUCCCUCUCGUUCCUUCUCUAAAUCAUGAAAAAUCCCCAAAAAUCCCUAGCUUCCUCCCCCAACAAUUUCCGGCGAUAUUACCGCCUGAACCACCCAUUUCUUCUUCAGUCGACAGCAGCGGUCAGCCGGACCGCCGUCGUCCUCGCCUCCCUCAUCUCUCAAGCCCCUAUAAAGAUUCGAUUUUUCCUCUUUCCCUUCCAUUUGAAAUCCCUCCAAUCCCAGCGGCGCCUGUCCUAGAACCCUAGCCUCCCUGACCCCGGCAACCGCCUCCCUCCACCCCGGCGUCCAACCGCCCUUCACCCCGGCGCAGCGCAGCCACAGCUUCUCCAUCACUUGACGGGUUUUUCUAAAGCCAAAAUCAAACACUCACAUUAGUUUGUUUGAUUUUUUGUUUCUCUGCUCGGAGGUGUUCUCUGUGCAAAAUCAGAUCAGAAAUUCAAUUGCUCAGAGGUGAUUCUAGCAACUCUGCUCGGAGGUGUUGAUCUCAGUAUUGAAGAUGGCUGGUGGGAUUAGUUUCAUGACAUGUUAUGCACGAACUGCAGUCAUGCAGAACAAGUAGGUGAUAAUUUAGUGCAAAUGACCAUAACUAACAGGUGUUCAUGUAUUUUACAAUGGCUUCUGUAAACUCUUCUCUGUUUUAUUUUUCAGCCGCAGGACUUAUGGGCUUCUCUUUGAUUGGAUUUAUCCUGCUUACAUGCCAGUUCUUCUAAGAGGAAUCUCACAUUGGGCUGACACACCAGAGUGCAUUGAAAAACUCCUUGAUAUAUCAGCUGCUACCCUAGAGAAGAGUGAUGAUGUUAUUGGCAUAGAAACUGCAAAUGAAUGCAUUAAGUUUUUGAAGGAUGUUCAGAUUGGAGAUCAGGACAUCUCUCCUAGUCACUUCCAACCUUCUGAUUCUCUUUUGAAUAUUUAUUUAGAAGCUUGUCCCACAAUCUUAAAGGUUGGUGUGCUUUCCUCUAAUCACGUAUCUGAGGAAAUUGAGAAAUUGGAUGUCUCUCAUAUGCGUGCUAAUUCAAAAAUGAGAAGUGCUGGGGGUUCUGAUGCCGCUGCUGAUGACAUUGAAACAGAAGCAAACUCAUACUUCCAUCAAAUGUUUUCUGGUCAUCUGUCUAUGGAUGCUAUGAUUCAAAUGCUUACUCGAUUCAAGGAAUCUUCAGACAAAAGGGGAUGUUACUUCCAAGAAGGGACGAAGAUCAAGAUGAAGAUGAGCGUGAAAGAAGCGUUUGAGAGGUCGAUGAGGACUUUGUCGGAGUCACUACUACAAAAUGACACAUAUAGCAAAGUUGCGCGUAUUUGUAAUAUUUUUUUUUAAAUUAAACAUAUAGCUAAAUAGAAUAUAUGUGAUGUUUUAUUAUAUUUGGAUGCUAAUGUAUGAAUAUUUUGGAUGUUAUAUAAUAUAUGUUAUCGAUGGCAAUGUCA